ACGGGAUGAGAGAGAAACCAAUACAAAAGCCGAGUGACAGUGAAGAUUAGUGGGGAGACUCGGAGGAGGUGACUCCGUAUGAUGCUACAUCUCAUACCCAGACUUUACUCAUUCAAGUCAAUGUAUUUUUAAUGUCAGCGCAACCUGAACUCAUCUGGGGAUUAAUAAGCUUAGGAUACCAGGCCCUUUGCUGGCACCUUGAUGCCCAGCUUCAAAUUGAUUUAAACAUUAAUGAGCGAAAAGUGUUGAUAAAAGCGUCUCAAGCUGGUAGGAGGACAAUUUAGAAGCGGAGGAGGGGGGCGGAGACACUCCACCAACCAGCGUGGAGGCUGAUUUGUUCGUUCUCUAGUUAGGCAAAGGGGCGACGAGUGAGCAUCUCCAACUUCUGUCUCCGUAAGGACAAAUAAACAUCUGUUGAGGAGGCAGUUCGGUGCUCACCAGAACAAAGCGCGCACCGGGAAUCGCCCUGGAAGGGGAUUUGCGCUUUGGAGCAUCUGGACACCACUGUAAGUUAGGCUUGUUUAUCAACGUUUUUCAAGGAGUUUGACGACCACAUAAGGACGCUGUCGAGUGAGCAGGCUGAUUAAAACAAGCAGAAGGACAACAGGGACGACAACCAACAACCCAAAGGAGCGGAGAGGUGACAUGUUUGGCAUGAUCAAGAAUUCGCUCUUCGGAAACACCGAAGAGACAGAGUACACACUGCUCAGCAGUGAGAUGAAGGAUGGAGUUAGCUUUGAGGUACGGCGGUACGAUCCUGCCAAAUACGCUGUCGUCUCCUCUGAGGGACGAACCUUUGACCAAGUGACAGGGGAGCUGGUGAGGAAGCUGCUCAUGUACAUCGGUGGGAGCAACGAACAAGGUGAGGCCAUGGGUACAGCAGCUCCCCUCAUCAUCACAGUGUACCCACGGAACGACGGAGUGCUGUCUCGCCGGUUGGCAGUUGCCAUCAAAGUCCCCUCCCCCUACCAGCAAUGCCCCCCAACCCCCACCGACAGUGCCGUCAGGAUUGAGGAGCGGCCCGGCAUGACCGUCUAUGCUCUGCAGUUUGGAGGCUUCGCGGGGGAGAGUGAGUACCGAGCAGAGGCCUUGCGUUUGACACGCACCCUGGGUGAGACGGCUCCAUAUCAGCGUAAGCAGUACUUCUGCUGUAGCUACGACUCACCACUCAAGCCUUACGGACGCCGCAACGAGGUGUGGUUUCUACAGGAAGAGCCGUAGGAGCCAAUCAGCAAGCCCGGCCUAAAUACCCUCUCACCACUGACAGUCUUGUAGCUCUAACAGUAUUUGAUUGGUAAGAGCAAUAUGGUGACUCAGACCUCUGAACGCAGGUGGACAUACAGAGACUACCCAUGUUGCCUUUACCCAUCUGACGAUCUGCAUGGGACAACUUAGAAUUCGACAUCAGUAUCGUAGCAACUCCUCAUUUCAUUACCACAUUUAUGUUCUAAUUUAAUUUCAUCCCUGUAGCUCUGAAACGGAACAUGUGGUAAAAGUGAUUAAGGCUUUUAGACAAAUGUAGGUGAAAGUAUGCAGCACUGUGAGAGUUUAGUUUUAUAGCUGAAGGAAAAUAGAUCUUUCAGAAAUGACUUUUAGAUAAAUGGGCUUGCUGCCACUGGUACUCAGGUGUGACAGGACGGUCAUUUAGUUUGUGGUUCAGGACUGGAGCUCAGUGGAUUCUCUCAGUGACUCAUCUAAUGUUAAGUAAAUGUUUAAAUCGAACUGAAUUGAUUUUUUCAGUCCAUUGAGGUUUACAUGACUGUCCUUGCGGGUAGUUCAGGUCCCCCAAAAAGCUCCCACCUCCCUGAAGAACACGGGGGGUUUUGCACAUCUUACAUCUAUUUUACAAUUUAAUGUGCGCUACAGAGAAUUGUACAGAAUUAACAGUAGAUACGUGGUAGUGAAAAGCACAAAUCCUUGUCCUGAGUGAGGAGAUGAAACAAAGCAGAUGAGCCAUAAAGUAAAACUAGUCUUUAUGAAGUUUCACAGGAACUUGAGAAGAUAAAGAAAUGGUGUGACAGUAAUAUUCUAUCUCUGAAUUUGGAUAAAACUAAA